AUGGUCGACCUGGCGGCUCCGUCACCACGAAAGUCGAGCGCAAACAGCCUACGUUUGGCCACCUCAACCUCCAACCUUCGAGCUAGUCGACCCGUCAUCUCCAGCCCCAUAGGCCCGCCCCUCCAUCUCCCGCUAAAUAGCCCUGAGCAGGCUGAGCCUGGAAGCCCCGUCCCUUCAGAUACGACUGGGUCCCUGAAGAAGGAUUGGAUCAAUCCGUUGGAUGUAAAUUUCCCUCGAGAUAGUGGCAAUGUCCGACCCCACACCUCUGCCGGCCCAUUAUCGGGUGCCCGGAGCCCUCUUGCACGAACUGAGUUCGAUAUCGAAGCCAAGAGGAGUGGUAGUCAGGGUAGCAUCAAGACCAAGAUGAGCGUCGCCGAGGGAUUAGGGCUUGACGGUUACCCUUCGCCCCCUCCGUCUGUCAAGAGCGUGGAGCAGGGCAUUUCGCGUUCCAGUACGGAGCCCAGAGUUCAGCCUACAAUCAAGGUUCCUACAUCCAGCUCUCUUCGGAGGGUGAGCACCGCCGAACGGCCUUCUGGGCUGCCUAGCCCAGCCGUGAGUGAGGAGCGAUUCGACCAACCCAUCAUACGUAAUUCCCAGGCCAGGCGCGAUACCAUCAUGUUCUACUCGCCACGUCGGCGCAGCUUCUCCAGGCAAGUCUCAGAGGGUUCCGCAAAUCGACAGGUCCGAGGCAGAUCAGAUCAGGAAAAGGCAGAGCUCAAGAAGAGACGACAGACUGAGGGAUUUGAAGGGAACUUUGCUGCCUUCAAUUUUAGAGGUGACAAUGCCACCGAAAGGCCCCCUCUCCCAGCAGACAGGGCCGUUUCUCCCACAUCCAUGUCCAUAUCAGGAAGCCCCACGGAACACCUGAGGGUGAGCUCGCCGAUGAAGACGGCGCAGGAGCGGAAAAUGGACGAGCCAAUGACUGUUGAACCGGGCCAUGGGGAUGACACUAUGAACCUGUGUGAUGCCGAUAACAUGACCCUACCAUUCGACCAAGACCUGCGAUCGGGUGAUUCGUCUCCGAGAUCUGUAGAGACUUCUCCCCAGGUGGACAAUGAGGCGGAGCCCCUAGACGAGUUGUUUAUACCCAUGCGACCACGCCAAGAUUCUGACACUUGCGGCCCCCUUACCCCAACGGCCCUGCGUGCUCCUCCUCCCUACAACGUCGACCGACCGGACUCGGUCAACUCUCAACGCGAGCUCCCAUCACCCUCCCCGAACGUGAAUAUGGCUCCCCCGCCUAGAAUGAAUCCUGAUCAACGAGCCCCGAGUCCGUUGAGUUCAAUGCCCCCGAUGGAAGGAGACUUCCCCGUGAGCAGCGGACUACCCAGGGGCCGUCGGCCGGACUCUCUCAGCUCCCGACGCGGGUGUUCGCCGGCCACCCUGGAUUUUGAUACUACCCCACCGCCUAGGCUGAACCACGACCGACGAGCUCCAAGCCCCCUCAGAUCCAGGGCGCCCAUGGAGGGCGACUUCCCCAUGAGUAAGGGACUCCCUAGAGGUCGCCUGCCCGGCCCGACCUCGGCACCUAUGACACCCGUACGACACAGCCAAGCACCCUCGCACACGCCAGGGGAGAGUGAGAAUGCCUCGCCAGACCCUAUCUGGACCGCACGUGCUGAGAGGCAUAUGUCAGCCAUGCCGGCGCCACUGUCUCCUAUGUCGGGGCAGACAGGUUACGGCUCAGAUGCGGAUAGCAACGGCACACCAGCAGGGCUCGCUCCGCCACGCCUACCCAGCCCGACGUUUACGUCCCUCGAGGAGUCGGUGACGGAGAACCUGACAAAGGCUUUUGGGCUUGACUCGUUUGACGAUUCGUCAGUUGAUAGCACCUCUAAUGGCAGGCCCCUCAUUUCACCCGUCUUGAGCGAGUUUGGGGGCCGCCUCCAUUCCGGCAACCCCAGGCGUUUAGACGCCACAAAGGCUCCGCCCAGGCCGCCGCCCGUCUCGUUGCCGCCAUCAUCGACGAAUGGUACUCCGGAUGGAAGCCUCAAGUCUCCGGUAAACAGCGACUUUGCUGCUAGUUUCAUCUAA